GGUUCUAAAGCACAUCCUCCAUUGGCCCUGGACUUCUCUUGUUCCUUCCCUUUACUGCCCUUAAUCAACUCGGGCCCGAGUUCCUUUGCUAAGGUCUACAGAUGCCCAAGUCUUCCCAAACAAACUUAACAAGGCCUCUCUCUUAGCACCUACAACCCGGCUUAUCAACAGCAAAACCAUUCCCUAGGUCAGAAUCAAUACUGCCCCCACCGACCCAGGUUAAGAUCCUGACCUAAGGACUUGGAACCACAAAGCCUAAGCCCAGCGAUGGAAGCAAAUAAGACCACAGAAGGCCCUCAGGCCACUAAGGAUGCAAAGGAACACCCAUCUUUAAAGGACCCCCAUGCUGAAGACUUGGACGAGGCCACUACCCAUGAAACUCCCUUGCCGGUCUCCAGCAAGCAGAAAUAUUUCCAGCCUCCAGAAGUCCACUUUGAAACAUCUUCCCUGAAUCCUGACACCAAGGACUAUGAGGACCUCCAGAAUCCUUCUGUCUCAGAAACUCCUUUAAAGUCCGGUACCCCUCAGCUUCUUUCCCCACCACCCCAAGUGUCUCCUCAGUCUGUGACUUCUCUAGAAAGAGCCAUCGCUGAGAUACCUUUGGAGUUUUCCUAUGAUAAUCUUAUCUCUGAAGUCCAAGAAGAACCUCUUCAGCUCUCACCAAUGACCAGUAUCCCUGAGUAUAAGAAUUCUAUCUCUGAAACCCAAAAAGAACCUCUUGAGGUAUCAUCGACAACCAAUAUCCCUGAGUAUGAGGAUCUUAGCUCCGAAAUCCAAAAAGAACCUCUUGAGGUAUCAUCGACAACCAAUAUCCCUGAGUAUGAGGAUCUUAGCUCCGAAAUCCAAAAAGAACCUCUUGAGGUCUCAUCGACAACCGGUAUCUCGGAGUCCUCCCAUGAGCUUGCCUCUGAUAAAGCCCCACAGACCCAGGUCCCUGAAUCUGAGCACUUUCCACAGAACUCCUUUUCAGAACCUUCAACCCAGGCCAAGGAAGACACAUCUACAAAGCAGGGGGAAGCAGGAGAAGAGGAGCUGACAGUGGGUACUAGUAAGAUCACUGCAGCCAAGCCUGAGCUGCGUGCAAGGAAGAAGAAGGAGAAAAGAACUGGUGGUGUUACAAGCCGCCCAGUGGUCCCUGCUAAGCGGGCAGAGCUGGUGGAAAAGGCUAAGGCAGUGCACAGAGAGCAAUUUGAUGAUCAGGUGAACAAUCUUUUCCAAUGGGAGAAGAAUUCAGCCCUGAAGGCCGUCCAGACAGGUAUCUACAUUGGCUGGCGCUGCCCACAUUACUUGUGGGACUGUUUCCGGAUAGGAGAUGAGUCCAAGUGCUUUUGUGGACAUUUGUUGAGAGAACACCAGAUCAUUUCAGAUCUGUCGGUGCCCUGCAAUGUGAGCCAGUGCAGGUGCCUCAUGUUCUGUUUUAUCCCAUCACGCCCAGAGGAGGUGGGUGAGUUCUGGCUCAAGAAACGGGCCACCUUUGACCCUAGGGCCUGGAGGGCUCAAUGCCGCUGUAAACACACUCACGAAGAACACGCAGCCACCGGAUCUCAUCCCUGCAGGCACCGUGGCUGUUACUGCAGCUCUUUUGAGUCUAAUUUCCUAUGUGCGGCCUGUGACCGGCGCUGGGAGGAACACGAGACGUUCUUUGAGACUGAGGACACCAGGCGACGAGGAAAGAGACCUUAUGGGACAAACACCGUCAAGAACUGGCACAGGCCUUACUGAGCCUGGCCAAGAUCAACAAUAAAGUGGAAGCCA